ACCUUUGUGGUCUUCCUUGCAGGUCACCGAGUUAGUCCUGGACAACUGUCGGUCUAGCAAUGGCGAAAUCGAAGGCCUGAGCGACACGUUUAAAGAGCUAGAGUUCCUCAGCAUGGCCAACGUCGAGCUGACAUCGCUGGCCAAACUCCCCGCUUUGAAUAAACUUCGGAAGCUGGAAUUGAGUGACAACCUCAUCUCCGGAGGCCUGGAGGUCUUGGCAGAACGGUGUCCGAAUCUUACAUACCUAAACCUGAGUGGCAACAAAAUAAAGGACCUCAGCACUGUGGAGUCUCUUCAAAAUCUGAAGAAUUUGAAGAGCCUUGAUUUGUUUAACUGCGAAAUCACAAAACCAAAAGAUUACAGAGAAAGUGUGUUUGAGUUGCUUCAGCAAAUAACGUACCUCGACGGGUUUGACCAAGAUGAUAAUGAGGCCCCUGACUCGGAAGAUGAAGACGAUGAAGAUGGGGACGAAGAUGAAGAUGAGGAAGACGAAGACAAAGCUGGCCCUCCCGGAGAAUACGAGGAGAACGACGAGGAAGAUGACGACCCUUCGGACUUGGGAGAGGGCGAAGGCGAAGAAGAGGAGGAGGAAGUGGGUCUCUCGUAUUUGAUGAAAGAAGAGAUUCAGGAUGAAGAGGAUGAUGAUGAUUAUGUAGAGGAGAGGGAGAACGAAGAAGAGGAAGCCGAAGCUCUCCGAGGCGAGAAGAGAAAACGUGCCGCUGAAGACGAAGGCGAUGAGGACGACGAUUAAGUUGUAGGACAGAGAAACUAGGACCAGAUUUCGAAUUUGUUGCAGGAUAUGCAAUAGUGAUAUGCAGCCUUGUAUGUCUCCAUGUAUCAUAGGUUUCCCUGCAGAAAACAUUUAAUGUGUUAACUUUUUAUAGGAAGUGUGUUUUGACUCUCUUUUUUUGGCCCUUUUUAUCAUUCCAACUAAGCAGUAAUUGCCCGUUCUCGAUCAUGUGCAGGUAACACUGUUUCCAUCUCUUUUAACCGUUCGACCAGUUGUCUCCCCGGCCUUCUUUUUUUCUUGCUGCCCCGAGGUUGGAUUCUUUUAUUUUAUUCCUUACUGGGUUUUCCACGUGAGCAUGCUGUUAGUUCUAGCCACAGUUAGGCAGAUCAAGUUUUCAUUUUUCAAAAGGUAGGACACUACAGAUCAAAUAUAUCGCAGUGGGAUAGCAAGCUUUUCGGGAGAAAAGCUGGUCACGGGAGGUGGAACAGGAGCUGAGUGAAAUUAAUAUUACCUUUUAAUAGAAUAUUAGUUUCACACAGCUCCUGGUCAAUAAACUGUGGGUACGUUACCGAUAAAAGGCAUUUUCUUUCGUCUUGAGAUGUUUUGGAAAACAAAAGGUGAAACUCAGAGGGCAGAUCUAAUGCAUUCCUUAUAUAUUUGAAUAAAAAAUCACAAAUUUAUUUGUGUUUUUCUCAAGAGAUUACCUUUUCUAGCUCAUUUCAAAAGAAUCUCUUGAGGAAGACACAAAUGAAUUUCUUGGCACCUCCCUAGUGAUUUUUUAUUCAAAUAUAUAAGGAGUGCGUUAGAUCAGCUCUCUGUUUUGAGUUUCACCUUCUGUUUUCCAAAACAUCUCGAGACGAAAGAAAAUGCCCUUCAUCGGUAACAUACCCACAGUUCAUUGACCAGGAGCUGUGUGAAAUUAAUAUUAUUUCCAGCUCAUUUUAAAAGAAUAUCUUGAGGAAGACACAUAUGAAUUUCUUGUGAUUUUUAUUCAAAUAUAUAAGGAAUUCGUUUAGCUCUCUAUUUGAGUUUCACCUUGUUUUCCAAAACAUCUCAAGACGAAAGAAAUGCCCUUCAGAGGUAACAUACCCACAGCUCAUUAACCAGGAGCUGUGUGAAAUUAUGACUACAUUUUAAUAGAAUCUUUUGAGGAAGACACAAAUGAAUUUCUUGUGGUUUUUUAUUAAAAGAUAUAAGGAAUGCAUUCAAUCAGCUCUCUAUUUGAGUUUCACCUUUUAUUGUCUUCCAAAACAUCUCGAGAUGAAAGAAAAUGCUCUUCAGGGGUAACGUACCCACAGCUCAUUGACCAGGAGCUGUGUGAAAUUAAUACUACCUUUUAGUAGAAUCUCUUGAGGAAGACACAAAUGAAUUUCUUGUGAUUUUUUAUUCAAAUAUAUAAGAAAUGCGUUAGAUCAGCUCUCUGUUUGAGUUUCAACUUCUGUUUUCUAAAACAUCUCGAGACGAAAGAAAACGCCCUUCAUCGGUAACGUACUCACAGUUUAUUGACCAGGAGCUGUGUGAAAUUAAUAUUACCUUUUCCAGCUCAUUUUAAAAGAAUCUCUUGAGGAAGACACAAAUGAAUUUCUUAUGAUUUUUUAUUCAAAUAUAUAAGGAAUGCAUUAGAUCAGCUCUCUGUUUGAGUUUCACCUGUUUUCGAAAGCAUCUCGAGACGAAAGAAAAUGCCCUUCGUCAGUAACGUACCCACAGUUCAUUGACCAUAUACACUAUCGGUUCCCCUUCUGAUCAUUAUAUUCCUCAGGACUAAACAGAGAGCCCAUUAUUUGAGAUGUCUACCUCCUGCUUUAGUUUUAAGAACGGAAAACAUUGCAUCAAAAAAGACGCCUUUAAUCAUGUCCAAACACUUAAAGAGGGGGGCUUUUUCCUUCUAAGUCAACUUUCCGAAGCAAGAGUUGGUAGGUUAGUGCUGACAUUUCUUUUUGGUGGUUCUCCGACUGACAACUUUGGAUUUGGUUGGGGCUCAAAAUUAUCUUCAUUCCCCCCCCUCCAAAAAAAACUGGCUGUGGAAAAUUGGGGGGCCAACUGGCAGUUUUGGGGGGAUUUUUCACGGUUUUCUCCCUUUGCUGGAGGACUGUUAAAAGGAAACUUAAUCAGCAAGGCUUCUUGAUUUGACUUUGGAAGGACUUUAGACAAACAUGUUCACGCCACGCAUCCAUUGAGUCAAGAGAAAACCCUCUUUCUCUUGAAAGCAUCAAAGAGGCGACAACCCAGUUGCUGUUCAUCUUGCUUUCCAUUCGGAGGGUUGCUUUUUAAAAACUUAGCAGAGACCCAGCGCUCUUUUUUCUCUCUUUUUUUUUUUUUUUGGUUCUGGCUUAGGACAGACUUAACUUGUAUUGUUAAAUAAAUAUUUUAACCCGUAAUGCGCAGGUGUAAUCGAGAGAAACUAUUUUUUUAUUAUCUUGUCCUGCCUGGGGAGAAGCUGUUGUCCCUACUUUCAGGGUGAAAAUAAAAAAGGGGGGUAUUUUUGCAUAGAGGGAGUUGGGCCUGUACUGUGUUUGCCUGUGAAUAUAAAUAAAGACGCCACAUGCCACUGGCAACUCUUUAAUACAUGACAUUAGGCUCCUGAUUUAGUUUUGGUGGCAUGGCGUUUGAGAAGAGCAGCAAACAAAUCCGGUAUGGUUUUUUUCCCCUUGGAUUUCUCAUUCGUGGCACAACAAAUAGCAAGGCAUUUGAGCGGAAGGGAACGCAGGUAGUUGUUUAGUAGAAAAUCUGGGUAUUUUUGGAGAAUCGUAACGAGAAAAGCUUUAUCCCAAUACUGUUGCUACAUUUGUGUACGGAGGAUGGUUUAAAAAAAAACUUUUUAAAAAGUUCUAGAGGUUCUGUGUUUAAAGCCGCCGGCUUUUGUAUUAAUCCAGGUUUCUUGAGGUGGUAUUUUAUUUCUUUCUUCUUUAUACGUUUAUGAUCAAUUUAGGUUUAGAAAAUAAUGAAAAGUAUCCUUGAAAGUCAAUGAAAAGUACUCAAAAGUGGUAACUAGCUUGCAAUAUACUUCAAAUGUUUUGUGCCCACAGUCCUAUUGUUUAGAUUGCAAACAAGGAGUCGUUUUUUUUCCUCAAAUAAAAUAUCUUUGCUCCAAUUGGAUCUUUUUGCAGGAAUUUCAGAGCGAGGCCUCUUUAAAUUGGAUUUCAAAAUCCUCAAAUAAAAGGAUUUUUGCUCCGAUUGGCUCCUUUUGCUGGAAUUUCAGAGUGAGGCCUCUUUAAAUUGGGUUUCAAAACCCUCAAAUAAAAGGAAUUUUGCUCCAAUUUGAUCCUUUUGCUGGAAUUUCAGAGAGAGGCCUCUUUAAAUUGGAUUUCAAAAUCCUCAAAUAAAAGGAUCUUUGCUCCGAUUGGAUCCUUUUGCUGGAAUUUCAGAGAAAGGCACCUUUGGGUUUCAAAAUCCUCAAAUAAAAGAAUAUUUGCUCCGACUGGAUCCUUUUGCUCGAAUUUCAGAGCGAGGUCUCUUUAAAUUGGUUUCAAAAUCCUCAAAUAAAAGAAUAUUUGCUCCGAUUGGCUACUUUUGCUCGAAUUUCAGAGCGAGGCCUCUUUAAAUUGGAUUUCAGAAUCCUCAAAUAAAAGGAUUUUUGCUCUGAUUGGAUGCUUUUGCUGGAAUUUCAGAGCGAGGCCUCUUUAAAUUGGGUUUCAAAAUCCUCAAAUAAAAGAAUAUUUGCCCCGAUUGGAUCCUUUUGCUCGAUUUUCAGAGUGAGGCCUCUUUAAAUUGGGUUCCAAAAUCCUCAAAUAAAAGGAUUUUUGCUCAGAUUGGCUCCUUUUGCUGGAAUUUCAGAGCGAGGCCUCUUUAAAUUGGGUUUCAAAAUCCUCAAAUAAAAGGAUCUUUGCUCCGAUUGGAUCCUUUUGCUCGAAUUUUAGAGCGAGGCCUCUUUAAAUUAGGUUUCAGAAUCCUCAAAUAAAAGAAUAUUUGCUCUGAUUGGAUGCUUUUGCUCGAAUUUCAGAGCGAGACACCUUUGAAUUGGGUUUCAAACUCCUAAUAUUAUUUUUUUAACUACUGAUGGUUUGAAAUGAUGACAAAUAUUUUGCAUUCAGACAGCUUUAGCAGAGCAAAACCAAACCAAGCUUAUCCAUGGCACACCUUUAAAUAGGUUUACAGCUUCUCUACAGAGAUGUUUGUCUCCUAAAGGUAACACAACCAGCUAAAUACAUUGCCACAGUUUUUGAGUUUGGUGUCGUCCGAAUAUUAGAGUGUUGUUGCUUUUUGUUUUGUUUGCUUGCUUUUUUUUGUUUUAGGACAGCAAAGAGUUAACACAGAGCCUCUGGAUAACUUUUGAUAUUUUAUGGGAUUUCUUUUUUUUCCUUCUUUUUUUCCUGGUUUGGUGGGUUCUUUAAUGAAAAUACGUGAGGGUGGGUUUUAUAUUUUGUAGAGAUUUUUGUCCUAUUCGAAUGCUCUUUAUAUGGCAGUAUGUAUAUAGUGUGUUCAAUUUCCUUUUCAAAUUCUAAGACGAAGAAAAAGACACCAACUUGGAGGAGUUUCCUUUUUUUUGUGCGCAACUGUGUUUUGAAAAAAAAUAAAUAAAAGCCAUGACAGUGUUAAAUAAAUAACAGGUUCCUACAGCACACUUCUGAUGGAUUUUUAGUUGUUAACAGAAUGUGAGUGUUUUUUUCCCCUGUGUGGUGUAAAUUUUAAAUUAAAAGAUUUUCAAUCUAAA